AUGGUCGACUCCUGGAGGGGGAGAGUCACCUGCCCUGUGACACACCCACAGCCACCAGGAGCCAAAGCUGCUUCCCAGGGAGAGAGUCUGGACACUGAGGACAGUCUCACCCAAGAUUCCCAGAGACGUUGUCAGAACCAUGGCCACACCAGGAAAAGAGCCAAGUCAAAUGCAAAGUUGAAGUUGGUGAGGAGUUUAGCAGUGUGUGAGGAGUCAUCUGGCCCGUUCUCAUCUGAUGGACCUCUGGAGACACAGGACAUGAUUCAGCUGCAUAUCAGCUGCCCGUCUGAUAAAGAGGAGGAGAAGUCUAAAGAUGAGUAUGAGAGUGAGGAGAGAGAGAAGAAGGAUAAAACUCCACGCAAAAUGCUUUCACGUGAUUCCAGUCAGGAGUACACAGACUCCACUGGCAUUGAUGUGCACGAGUUCUUGGUCAACACACUGAAAAACAACCCCAGGGAUCGAAUGAUGCUGCUCAAACUGGAACAGGAUAUCCUGGAGUUCAUUAGCGACGACAAUAAUCAGUAUAAGAAGUUUCCCCAGAUGACGUCGUACCACCGUAUGCUCCUGCACAGGGUAGCAGCGUACUUCGGGAUGGACCACAACGUGGACCAGACUGGCAAGGCUGUCAUCAUCAACAAGACAGGCAACACACGCAUCCCUGAGCAGAGAUUCUCAGAGCACAUUAAAGAUGAGAGGAACAUGGAUUUCCAAAAGAAGUUCAUCUUAAAAAGGGACGAUGCCAGUAUGGAUAAGGAUGAUAACCAGGUAGAUCGAGUGCCGCUUCAGGAUGGGAGGCGGAGCAAGUCUAUAGAGGAGAGGGAAGAGGAGUAUCAACGAGUGCGAGAUCGUAUCUUUGCCCGUGAAGUAAGUUUCUCUUUACAGUCCUCUCAAAAUGGAUACAUCAAUGACAACAGACUUUCCAUCGACGGCAAUUCCUCUAGCUCUCAAAAGAGGAGGCAGAUUUUUAGGGGUAACAGGGAGAGCUCUAGCCGAGCAUCCAGUAGUCGACAGAGCAGUACAGACAGUGAUAUGAAGUGCCUGGAGCCACGUCCAUGGAGCAGCACGGACUCAGACAGCUCAAACCGCACACUGAGGCCACCCGUCACCAAGGCCAGCAGCUUCAGUGGGAUCUCUAUCCUGACCCGUGGAGACAGCCUUGGCAGCAAGGCUUCGCAGGGUAGCUGCAGGGGCUCACGCACUGGCCCUCCCAUGACAAACCCAGAUAUUUGCCCGCAGGCCCAGGCAGGGAUGCCCCAGGGCCGCAAUCUGCUGCCAUGCCCCUCUAACCCACCCCAGCCCCAGACACAACAGUCCCAGCCCUCCCCCCAGACUGCCCUGCUUCCCACCCCAACACAACACACCAUGGGCAGCCACAUGCUGGCACAGCCAGUGGCAUCACUGCAGCCUUCUCCACAGCCUGUUUCAUUCUCAAGUCCCUCCUGUCCCCAGGUCCUUCUGCCUGUCUCACCUCCCCAGCAGUACAACAUGGGGGAUGAGCUGACCCCCCAGUUUGGACAAAUGACUCUCAGUCGUCAAGGUUCCAGUGAGGCUCCUGACCCCCCCGCCCUGUACCAGCCCCCCCCAGCUGUCCUGUCCCAGCACCCACCGCCCCAGGCAGGCUACAUCAUGGCCACAAGUGGCCAGCCCAUGCCUCCUCCCUCAGGAUACCAGCCACCCACUGUGCACCCACACCCCCCUCCUCCUCCACCUCCUCCAGCCCAGCCUGUUCUGCAACCUCCACCCUCAGCUCAGGGUUACAUGCAGCCUGCACCUCCUCAGCAGAUCCAGGUGCAGUUUUACUCUUCUGGACAGUAUCCCAACACAGGGCAGCAGUACAGAUCCAUGUCCCAUCAGGUGUCUUACCCUGCUCAGCGGUCCCAGCCCAUACCUCAGCCCACACAGCCAUCCGCUGGUCUCCAGACCAUGAUGUCCAAUCAGCAGCCGGCAUACCAAGGCAUGAUGGGAGUGCAGCAACCACAGAACCCAGGUAUGAUGAACUCACAGAGGACUGGCAUGAGCGGACAGAUGCAAGGCAUAAUGGUCCAGUACCCUCCAAUGCCCUCUUACCAGGUGCCAGUAGCGAAUGAGAGUCAGCCAGUGGUUCAGCAGCAAUACCAACCGCCCGUCAUAGUGCCCGCCAGCCAGUCAGCACAGGGGGCAAUGCCAGUCUACUACAGUGUCCUCACCCCCACACAGCCACAGCAGAACAGCACAAGUCCAUCAGUGGGUUACCUGCAGCCUUCCAGUUCUGAUCAGUAUCAGAUGACCCAGUCUCCCUCCCCAUGUAACCCUCAGCCCAUGCCACAGCAGUACUCUGGAGUGGCGCCCCCUGGACCAGGGCUGAUGGUAAUGCAGCUCAGUGUUCCAAACGGGCCACAGCCAACCCAGAAUCCUCCCCUGGUCCAGUGGAAUCCUUGCAAGUACUAUAGUCUAGAACAGAGACCCAGUAAGCCUGGAGAACUGUACAAACCAGACCCCAGUCCGCAGGUCAGCACACAGCUGAGUAGUCCACUGGCUUCUCCUACACAGUCUCCUACACCAUCUCCAUCAGGCAAUGUGAAUAAUGUUUGUCCAGGCCUAGGGCACCUGCCUCUCAUCUCCCAAUUCCCUCGACCCAGUGGACCAGCACAAGGUGAUGGGCGGUACUCUCUGCUGGGACAACCAUUGCAGUACAGCCUGUGUGCCCCCCCCAUCAUGCACAAUCAGUCCUCCUACAAUUCCCACCAGGGGCAGGGCAUCAUGAAGCACGGAACACGAGGGAAAAGACAGACACUGAAAUCUGCAUCCACAGACUUGGGAACUACAGAUGUUGUCGUCAGUCGGGUGCUGGAGGUUACUGACCUCCCAGAGGGCAUCUCCCGCCCAGAGGCCGAGAAGCUGUUCAAUCAGCUGGCUCUCUGUGGAGCCAAGAUCCAGUGGCUGAAAGAUCCCCAGGGGCCUCGGGGGCCAGUGCCGCCUGGGGCUGGAGUGGGAGGAAGCGGAGGAGGUAAAGGAGAGGGGAACGACCCUGCUCACCUCUAUACGGUUGUCGCUGUUUUCCCCAACACCAUGGCUGCCCAGAGCGCUUCCUUUAAACUGAACAACAGCGGGGGCAGCCUCUUCAAACUGCGUGCAGCCAAAAAGAACUAUGACCUGCGCAUUUUGGAGCGGGCCAGCUCGCAGUGAGCACAGAGAGAGGGAGAGAGACAAGACUUAAGGGAGGGCUGGAGCAGGGGACUGAAGUGUUUUGAGAGGACUGCUGAAGACACAACAAAGGAAAGAGACCAUUCAGAUGUUCUCAAGAAGAUGACUGUCUGUUCUUAAUCCUUUAAAUGU